AUGGGAAACCAACCGUCCGCGAUCCUCGACAACAUAGCCUCCGGCUCGAAUUUCGACCGUGAUGAGGUGGACCGCCUGAGAAAGCGGUUCAUGAAGCUGGACAAGGACAACUCAGGCACUAUCGAGCGCGACGAGUUCCUGGCCCUCCCGCAAAUAUCUUCCAACCCCCUCGCAACACGCAUGAUCGCUAUCUUCGACGAGGACGGCGGCGGUGAUGUCGACUUCCAGGAAUUCGUCUCAGGGCUUAGCGCCUUCAGCAGUAAGGGCAAGAAGGAAGAGAAGCUGCGCUUUGCGUUCCGCGUCUACGAUAUUGAUCGCGAUGGGUAUAUCAGCAACGGCGAGCUCUUCAUAGUACUGAAGAUGAUGGUCGGGAGCAAUUUGAAGGACCAACAGUUGCAGCAGAUUGUUGACAAGACGAUUAUGGAGGCCGAUUUGGACCGCGAUGGCAAGAUCAGCUUCGAGGAGUUUACAAAGAUGGUCGAGAACACGGAUGUGUCUAUGAGCAUGACCCUAGACCAGUUCUAGGUCUCCGAUAUGGCAAUCAUGAUUGAAACGGCAUCUUUGGAAGUGACACUUCUCUGGCGAGGCGUUCCUGGUGUUAUGGUCUACCUGGAAUAGGUCUGAAAAUAUUUAAUAUCCUUCAAAGCAGGAUUUGACGUCCCUCCGUAGGGGUUCAGAUUCUCUUGAGGCAAUGACAUGACCAUGAAGUACAUCUGAUCGCUAACGCGACCCAAAUUGCGUUGAUCGAUGCUUAUGCUCCCGUUCG